CUUCCCAUGGAUAGAAACAAUUAAGUGCCUGUGGUCUUGAGUGAAAAUUAUUCUGGACACAGAAUCCUGAAAGGAAUAACACUUGAACUAUUGAUGUCAUGCAACAAUCACAUUUCGAUUGUACAUUCUGACAGACUUUAAUUUCCUCUUGUGAAGUCAAUACAUUUAAGCAAAUGGCCAUAUGAUGUCCAGUAAUGGCUAGCAAAUAGUGAAAAGGUCUAUAGCAACCAUUAUGAACUUCAUACACCUAUUAUAGCUAGGUGUCUGCCAUCAGCCACUAAUGAAAUAAAUUAACAAGUGUAAAACAAUUCAAUCUACAAAUGUAUUGAACUUAAACAGCCUGGUUUAUGUUCAAAAUAAAUAUACAGCAACAAACUACAACCACUGCAUUAAAGGCUCGAUCCUGACUAAGGCUGACUUGGGACAGCACACAACAUAAGACCAAACUAUAAAAAUCAGUUGAAAAGGGCUUAACUCAUCAGAUUGAUACAAAGAAAAUUCAAUUAAGAUCUUAUAAUUGUGUAUUUUGGAAAAAGGGUUAGAUUAUGUUUAAAGUAUUAUUUUAUUUUCAGACAAUUAUAUUGAUGAAGACAGCCAUGACGUAUAAUUUGAAGCAAAUAAAAGAAUCUGUUAAAGUGAACUGAAGACAAUAUGGCAGAUGGUAUCUUCCAUGAUUUCUUUGGUGGAUUAAUUUCUGGGUCUGCAGGAGUAUUAGUUGGUCAUCCAUUUGAUACAGUUAAGGUCCAGCUGCAAGUUCAAGCUAGAGGCAAUAGUUACAAGAAUGUUUGGGAUUGUAUCUCUACUAUAAAGAAACAAUCAUGGUCAAAGGGAUUUUUCAGAGGUCUGUCCUGGCCUAUGUUAUCAGCAGGAGUUAUAAACUCUGUGUUUUUUGGAUCAUACAACCAGAUACUUAAAGUCAUGGGUACCAGUGCAGACAAACAACAUGACCAUCCAGAUUAUCUAAAAAUAGCUAUUGCCAGUGGAAUGGCAGGUGUUUUCCAGCUAAUAAUAGCUUGUCCUAUUGAAGUUAUUAAAGUUGUCUUACAGUCACAAAUACCUCAUGGCAACAACAAAGGUCUGAAAUUCUACAAAGGACCAAUUGAAGGUGUGGUUGACAUAGUAAAACACAGAGGCUUUUCUGGAAUGUUUCGAGGAAUGUCUUCACAGCUACCGAGAGAUGUUAUUGCUAGCACCAUAUAUUUUACAGUGUUUGAAUUUUCAUCUUAUGAAGGCAACAGACAUUUAAAGACUGUUCCACAUCCAGUUAUAAACUUCAUGGCAGGAGGGCUGGCUGGUGUUGUAAGCUGGGCGACCAUUGUGCCUUUUGAUGUACUUAAAAGUCGAAUGCAAGCUGAUGUUGACAAAAAAUUGUACCAUAAUUUUAUGGAUUGUGUAAUUAAAACAUAUCAGGAAGGUGGUAUUAAGAUAUUUUAUCGUGGAAUAGGUGUGAUAUGUUUACGUGGUUUUCCAGUUAAUGCCGUUACUUUGAUGGUAUAUGCUGAAUACAUGAAAUUAUUUGAUGCAAAAUUUUUGCCAUAAAAUUUUUUGAUUGAUAGGAAAUCCAAAUUAUAUAGGAUAUCCAAAUUUUAUACUAAAUAUAUUAAUCCAGUUUAUGCUACAUGUAUUACCUUUCAAUUAAAAAACAUAAUUAGAAUUAUGAAAAAAAUAAAGUAAAUGUAUGCCAGUAUUUUAACUGUCAUAUAAAUACCCUGUAAUAUUUUUAAAUGAAAGAAGGGCAUUUAUUAUAGAAAUAAAUUUCUUAUAUUCUUUCAUUCAAAAGACCAAAGAAAGUUUAAUUAUCAUGAUUAUUGAAAAAUUAAAGAAGUUAAGAAUUUAUAGCAACUUACUCCAAAAGUUUUUUAAUUUUUUUUGCUACUACCCGGUAGAUGUUUUAUAUACAAAUAUGCCUAGGCCAUUAUAACAAAAUUCCUUAAUUCUAAAUCAUCUUUAUCAAAAAAUGGGCUAUGGGGCAAAUUCUUUUUAUAUUUUUCCCAGAUAUUUUUAGAAAUAAAAAUAAACUAACUUCUUGCAAUUUUAUCUUCAUUUAUUUAUUAAAAUGUUCUCAGCGAAAAUGGUAAAAACAAUUAAAAAAAAUGGUCACAAUUUUCCCAAAAGGUGGAUUACCCAAAUAAGGCAAAAAAACAAAAAAAAACUCCUUGAUUCUCAUUCAAAACAAUUUUCACUUACUGAAAUUUGACAUGGAGAAUUUGGAAAAGCAUAUUAUACCUACUUGUUGAAAUAGUAGUGAAAUAGUAAGAUGUUUCUUAGGAUUUGUGAAUUUUUGCAUAAUGUAUGUUUUUACAGUCAAUCCUUUCCCCAAAUUUCAAAAAUAUUAUUUUUUAGAACAGAAAACAAUUGUUACACCUUUUUAUGCCUACAUAUCAGUAUUUUGUCCCGUCUGUGAUGAAAAAUGCAAAAUGCGAAACAUACAGUCACCUAUCCGUGAUAGUGUAAACUAUUUUGUAUAGAGCUUUAUAUUUCAGAAGGUCGAAGGUUAAAAAAAAUCUGGUGAUGGUUGUAUAAUAUAAACUUCAGUUUUUGUUGUUUAUUAAGUGCCAUAUUAUAGGAAGUAUUGUUAUGUUAUUAAUUGGAAAUGUUUUAUAUUAACCCUUUCCGGGCAAUGAUGCCUUGAGUCAUGGCCUCUCAUGCACCGAAUGAUGCCUUGAAUUCUGGUGGUUGUGGGUGAUUAAUUAGGAUGUAUCAUUAAUAUGUAUAUUUGAUUGAAAAUGGUCAUGUUCAGAAAACAAGCUUCGUGUUCCAACCCUUCAUAUUUUAGUAUAAUCAUGCAAUAUAUUCUAAAAACAAUAGGUUUCUUAGUUUCCUUUAAGCUACUUUUUGGUUCAGAAAAGUUGGAGAUAGCAAGAAAAUGGCUGAAAAUAUGCCACCAUUUUUGUAAAUGAAGAUAAAACAUUGAAGAAACGUCUCAGUAGUACAGAAAAGUAUUUUGAUGUUUAAUGAACUAUUUUUUACAGUCUCUGUUAAUUUUAUUCACUACUUUUUCAGAUUUGGGUGACUUUCCUAACUGAAUAGUUUUAUUUCCGCAACUUUGUGUGGCCUAUUCUAAUUUCCACUCACAGUUUCCCUGGCCUGAAUCAAUUUCACAUGUGCAAUGAGAAAAAUGGACAUUUUUAUGCCCCUCCUAGGGGCAUUAUGUUUUUCAUUCUGUGCGUCCGUUCGUCUGUCCAUCUGUCCCGCUUCAGGUUAAAAGUUUUUGGUCAAGGUAGUUUUUGAUGAAGUUGAAGUCCAAUCAACUUGACACUUAGUACACAUGUUCCCUAUGAUAAGAUCUUUCUAAUUUUAAUGCCAUAGAGUUUUGACCCCAAUUUCACGAUCCACUAAACAUAGAAAAUGAUAGUGUGAGUGGAGCAUCCGUGUACUAUGGACACAUUCUUGUUUUUAAAUAAAUGUUUUAUAUUUUUUUUAUAUUUUUGUAUUCAGAGCUAAUUUGUCAUUUAUAUGCAUGCAGAUUUUUAUUGUUUUGUAAACAGGAUAGCUGUUUAAAAUAUGAACCAUUCAUUUAUAUACUUAUAUUUAUAAUGAAUUGUAUUUAGUUAUUUUAAAGGAUACAUCUUUUACUUUACACCAAGUUAGUUGAAUUUUUUCAUGUACACGUACGAAUCAGUUUUGGAUUUUUUGUUGUAAUUUUAGAACUGAAUUGGAAUGUUUUCAUUGAUCAUUUGGAAAGCAAAACUCUUCAUUUGAAAAUUCAAGACACCUGUAGGGAGAGUAUCACAUUCUUAACACAAUAAAGAACAACAAAAUAUUCUUUAAAGGGAUCUUUAAGUGAUAUUUGGUGUGGCUUAACUUCUGAUUUUACCCUAUAUGCCCCUGUACCAUUGACUCUAAAAAUUAUCUGCCCUUCUUCAUUUCCACUCACCUAUUAUUAGAUCCAACAGUUUUCAGCUCACCUGGCCACCAUGUUUUUGACAUGAAAAAAUCCUGUCACACAUAUAUGUAAAUUUUAUAUCCAGUAGUUAGUUGUUUUCUAUAACAUUAUAUAAUGAUAUAAAAGUAAUGUUGAUCCAAUCAUUUAAAUUGUUAUUGUUAUUUUGUUGAAUCGUUUUUUUUUUAGAGUUUAUGGUUGAUGAUUAAUUUUGUAUUGAUUUAUAUUAAAUGAUUAAAAUAUUUUCUUUUAA